CAGUUUUCGAACCCGUCUCCUCGUGGCUCUCUUCCGGAUUAUAAACCUUUCUUGGAUCUGCUCUUCCGAAUCACUAUCUUGGGUGGAAGCAGGCCGGAAGGACGCAGCUGCCUUGAGGAAUAUAAAUAACGAGUAGUAAAUUAUGGAGACGUAUUGGAUGGUGCUGUUCCUUCUAGUUGGAGUACAGCUAACACUCGCACAAACUGAUGCAAGUGAUGAAAGUUUGACUUCACGGAUAACAUCAGAGCCAGAUUCUUCCUACAAGAGUACUGAGCAACCAACAACAGCUGAUGCUGUAGCAUCGUCAACUGAUGCAAAAGUUGAUGAAAAGCCUUCCAUUGCUGAAGUUUUAUUCAGGGCACCAUCCUCGAUUAAAACAGCAGGUUUUGGUCAGAGGGUGAAAACACCAGAAACCAGCAGCUCUUAUGCUUUACCAUGGAAUUCAGAGGAUACAACAGUAAAGGCAACAUUUCCUACAGUAGUCACCACUCAAAGCACUGCAUCAGUUCAGUGGCAACAGAUCCAUCAUGAUCCGCCUCAACAAGAACAGCGAGUACAACAACAGCAUCAUUACCAACAAGUUCAACCUCAACAACAACAACAACAAGUACAGCAGCAACAACAAGUACAACCACAACAACAAGUGCAGCAACAACAUCACUAUCAACAACCAACUCAACAACAGAUUAGGCAGCCAACACAGCAACAACAGCAUCACUAUCAGCAAACACAUCAACAAAAUCAGCCGAUUCAGCAGCAAGAGAGAGUACACCAGCUUCAACAAGAGCAAUCACGUCAGCAACAACAAGUACAACAACAGUUUUCGCCACAACCCACUCAACAACAACAGCACCAGUACCAAAACAGACAACAACAGCAGCAGUUCUACCAACAUAGGCAACAGCAACCUGAACAACAGAAACAAGAACCAACAAAUCAAGGGUUUCAAGAAAUUGACAAUAUAUCGAAAGGCAAGCAGUAUAAAGCCGCUACAAUCAAAACCGCUCCUCCUUCUCAACAAGUUCAACAACAAGAGAAUGUAAAUGAAGUUGAUCCCAAAACUAAAACCCCCGCCCCUUUCCAAGCCCAGCCAAGUGAAGAAGAGAGGCUGAAGAAAGCAGAUCAAGCCCUUGAAGAGUUUUUCAGUGACAUUCUGCAGAAUUUGAGCGUCAAAAUGAAAACUGGUAUGGAUGAGCCUUUGGGUGAGAUUCUGGACCCAGUCAGACUCGAUGAUAUGCAGCUUCAACCUUUAGUUGCCGGAGAAGUUUUUGAUGUCAAGAUGAAUCAGAUAACUGUAGGUGGAUUGUCUGAUUAUAGAAUCACUCAACUCGAAAGUCAACUGAAUGAAUCUAGAAUCAAGGUUGGAAUCCAUUAUCCCAAACUCUAUGCGAACUGUCUAUUCAGAGCAAAUGGGUCUCUAUACGAAAUUUUCAAGGUAACUGGCAGCGGUAAUGCUACGAUAAUAUUCAAUGAAGUCCAUGCCCGUACUGUUCUGUAUCUGACCAAAGACAAUGGAGUUCUUCAAGUGACGUCAGCUGAUCAACCAUACGUUGACUUCAAACGUGCCGAAAUUCUUUUCCGAGAUGAAGAUGCCAAGGAAGAUGCAGAACCAAUUAAGGCUGAAAGCGUCGCCACCCAGUUAGGGCCCCUCUAUUUCUGGGUGCUCACAGCAAAUGCAGUAGAUAAGGUCGAUUAUCCACUGGCUUUGUACUUCAACAAGGCUCUCCAAGAUUUCCCCCUGAAGAAUUUCAUUGAAGGGCAUAUUUUCCGACAAAGGCACUUGCGCAUACAUGUUCCUCACAACCCCAUCCCCUAUGCUUUUGUGUCAUCAGAUUUUGGAGAGCAAGUGAGGGCUUCUGCUUAAAUUAAAAAAUCUUUGCACUUAAGAACAGCAGGAAAAAAAAAGCAAGAUUGUCUUCACGAAAAAUGACAUUUUGAUUAUUUAUUAUAAUUUAUUUAAAAUAUAAUGUUCAGUGCAGCGCACAACAUUACAAUAAUAUCAUUGCAAAAUGUGUUUUUUGUCUGAAUAGUUUUAGAAGUUAUUUUAUAUACUAUUUUAUAUAUUAUAUUUUAUAUACUAUCUAUAAAUUAAAAUUAAAAUUUGAAUUUUAUAAUUCCUAUUUAUUAAUAGACGCAGCAUCUAUAAAAAUCAAGUUCAUAUAAGGAUUUACUUUUAUCAGACGUUUUUGUUUUCAAAUGAAUAAUUUAUACAUUUUUAAGCUUGACAUUUAAAAGUUAUUUUAAAAUAUUCUCUUUAAUAGUUCAACUAUUCAAUUAGUACAUUUCAGAAAAUGUUGAAA